AUGUCAGACACAUCGUACCGUGUUUCCCCUCUCUCAAAUUUAUCGGUUCAGCAGCGAAUGUCCAUCGCGUUUCCCAAUAUUCCGCCACCUGGUCAUCUGGAGAUCUUCACACUGUCUACUCAUUCGUCAAUGGACAGUGACCUCACCGCAUGCCUGUGGACCGAAGAAGACAGGCUACACGAUACCAUUACCACACUCGCGACUUGGUCGGGUGAUUUGGACCCAGAUCGGGCUUCAACGGACCAUCUAACCAUGCUUAAAAGGUUUCCAGAACUUAUGAGCCUCUUUGAUACGCAUGCCUCAUUCGGUCUGUCGUUCCACGUACUCCAAGUCUCAUCUUCUUCUGGAGGAUCCGCCAAUGCCUAUUUAAAUGUCGCUCGUCUCUUGGCGCCCACUGAUCGAGUUGUCCUGUUCCCUGAUGGUUUGCCUUCGCACCUCUCGAGUAAUUUGUACAGUUCCAUCAUUCGGUCGACGUCUCUGCAGCCUCUUGUACUGGGCAACAAUAGCCGUGGGAUAUAUCCAUUCGCCCCGAUGUCCCCUGUCAUUCUUCCCAAGGAUUAUCCUACGUGGUGUACCGAGCGUUUCUCUCUUUUCCGAUCUCGAUCACUCGACUGGGAAGACUGUCUCUGGCAACUGUGGCUUGAAAGUGCUGGUGAGGUCAAGUCUACGGCGGUGGAUAACUGGCCAGUGGUGGAAACCAGUGAAUCCAACAACUCCGCCAUAUCCGCAAAGCAUAGACGACGCUGGACUAUCAAAUAUCGUACAGAAGCCUGUGCUCUCGCUAUGAAACGAGCACAGAUCUUGGAAGCAACUAGUUAUGCAGACAAGAAGGCGUUCCAGUGGCGCAAGAAAUUCUGUCACGAGUCUCUGGGUACUUCUCCGGCAAACGCUGUUUAA